CAGUACAAAGAGGAAAACUGCUGGGGAUAGUUAUGUUUGCACUCUUGAUGCUAAAGCUCACUUGCACCGAGAUACUUCAGCAGACACAGCAAAGACUCAGCACUUUACCUCACUGUUAAGAGACAAAGCUGCUAAUACCUCAUGAGGUUACAAUAUACGUCGAAUAAUCCAAAGUUCAGAAAAGCUGGUGGAAUUUGAGAGCGGAUUACUCACUUAAAUACGCUGCAGAAACAAGGCAACUUUUACUUUUUUUUAUUUUUUUGUUUUUUUAAAAAGAAAACACUUCUUAAAGGUGUCUGAUUUAAUUUGAAUGGAUGCUGUGCUGGUUGUUUUUUAAUCAAUUUUGUGCUAUUCAUUGUAUCUUGGGAAAUUUUAUGUAAAGAAGGAAAACUAAUUUAACAGUGUUGUCACAGAUGCUGUUACACGUCAGAAAACUCUAAGGGAAUCUGGGAACCGAAACAGAAUCAAGUACCAUUAAUCUUAAGUCACCGUAAAGUGUUUUUGUUUAAAAAAAAAAAAAAAAAAAAAAAAAAGAAUGGCUUUCGGAGACCUCCUUGAACAGGUGGGGAGCACAGGACGCUUCCAGAUCCUGCAUGUGACCCUUCUCUCCAUACCUGUCCUGAUGAUGGCCAGUCACAACCUGCUGCAAAACUUUGUAGCUGUGGUGCCUCCACAUUACUGCAGUGCCCAUUCCAAUAUCUCUCAGUCUCAGCUGAACCCAGAGGAAACUUUGCUCAUCACAGUGCCACUAGACCAAGCAGGGAAACCCCACAGGUGCCAGCGUUAUCUUACCCCACAGUGGCACCUCCUGGCUAGGAAUGAGAGCUCCGCUUUAGGAGAAGAUGGAGAGGACUGGGAUGGUUUUGAUGUUGCUCUGCAGGAAUGCACAGAUGGAUGGUCCUAUAACAUGACGGAGAUGACCUCCACAAUUAUAUCUGAUUGGCAUUUGGUGUGCGACUUGCGCUCUUUUAAGCAAAUGGGACAAACCAUCUACAUGGGAGGUGUGCUUGUGGGGGCAAUUGUCUUUGGAGGGCUUUCAGACAGAUAUGGCCGGCGCAUCCUCCUGCUCCUUUCCAACCUGCUCAUGGCAGUGUCGGGAACAUGUGUAGCUUUCUCACCCUCCUUCUCCCUCUUCUGCCUGUUUCGGUUUGGUUGUGGCUUGGCUUUGUCUGGUCUGGGACUCAACACCUUCUCACUAAUUGUGGAAUGGAUCCCAACACGCGUGCGGACUGUCACUGGGACGAUAACAGGUUACUGUUACACGUUAGGGCAGUUGCUCCUGGCAGCAGUGGCCUACUUCAUCAGGGACUGGAGGUGGUUGACCCUGGCUGUGUCAUUGCCCUUCUAUGUUUUCUUCCUCAUCUCAUGGUGGUUUCAUGAAUCCUCUAGAUGGCUAGCACUAAAUAAAAAGCCCGAACAAGCUGUCAAAAUGCUUAAAAGUGUGGCUAAAUUUAAUGGACGGCAUGACGAGGCUGAGAAAAUUGACGUUGAAAUGCUUCAAGAGUCCAUGAGGAAAGAGAUGUCCUGUUCUCAGGGAUCCUACUCUGUUCUAGAUCUAUUCCGCACACCCAAAAUGCGGAUUAUGACCGUCUGCCUCAGCGCCGUCUGGUUAUCAACCAGCUUUGCCUACUAUGGUCUUGCUAUGGAUCUUCAGAAAUUCGGGGUGGACAUUUACUUAAUACAAGUGAUCUUUGGAGCAGUUGACAUCCCUGCUAAAGUUGUUGUAACUGUGUGCAUGAGUUUUAUUGGACGCCGGCCAUCACAAUGUGGUGCUCUCAUUGUCGCCGGAGUAACUAUUUUAAUCAACGUGCUGGUCCCCUAUGAUAAACAGACAAUACGAACGUGCUUGGCUGUACUGGGCAAAGGUUGCCUCGCUGCAUCAUUCAACUGCUGUUAUCUUUACUCUGGAGAACUCUACCCAACUAUCAUUCGUCAGAAUGGCAUGGGAUGGGUGUCCAUGAUGGCCCGUGUGGGAGCCAUGGUGGCACCAAUGGUGCUGCUUACUGGGGACUACAUUCCUUGGCUACCAGGCUUAAUCUAUGGAGGAGCUCCAAUCCUCUCUGGAGUGGCUGCUGUAUUUCUUCCAGAAACUCUUGGCACACACCUUCCUGACACAAUACAAGAUGUGGAGGAGAGGGAAAGUGAAAACAGCUCCAAAAUGUCUCCAAAGGAAGCAAUGAUCUUGCAAGACACCCAGUCCAAUCUCCUCAAGCAGACCAUCUGAGACCACUGUACUUUACUACUGCUGUAUUUGUUGAUGUGAAAGUAGCGUUGUUUUUACCUUUUUUCUCUCACUUGUAUGUUUGAUUUCCACAACGAGUUUGUCUUAUUACUGCUGGUCAAAUAGAGAGGCAGCAUUAUGUUUUAGGUCAAUGAAAUGAAAUGAAGGCUGCAAGCAAUCAGAUAUUUGUUGAUGAUACAUUAUAGCAGCUUAUAGGCUCAUUUUGAACAAAGUAUGUUUUAUAUUUAAAAAUUCUUCAUAGUAUAAACUCUUUUAUAAGCCUUCAGCAGAUUACAGGCUGAGCUUUCACUGAAGUUUUGUAGCUUUGCAUUACUUAACAUGCAACACUGUAUUUGUAAACAAGACAUAUUUUCAUUAAAAAUCAUCACUGUGCCUAUUCA